UGAAGAACCACUGGGGACACGUUUCCGUCGUCACCAUGAGAAGAAUAUCCGUUGUGAGAAAAUCGUUGGCGCACCCACGUUAGAAAGCACCGUUAGAGAAACACGGCAAUCGAUGCACUGUCGAACUUCCCCUGUGCCUCCAACACUACAUGGCGUCAUCUGUGUCGUUCCACCUCGAGCUGCGCAAUGGCCAUUUCGUGGACGCAGACGGUCGCGUGGUGCUCCUUCGAGGCGUGAACCUUGGCGGGUCCACCAAGGUGCCGUCGUCAGCUCCAGGUAGUACGUCCAUCUCGUUUGUGAACAGGCCGUUCCCGUUGACCGAAGCCGACGAACACUUCAGUCGGUUGCAGCGAUGGGGCUUCAACUGCAUUCGAUUCCUCGUGACGUGGGAAGCCAUUGAGCAUGCAGGACCUGGCAUCUACGACACGGAAUACUUGGCAUACGUCCGCGCGAUUCUCGUCGUUGCACGUAAAUACGGCAUGUACAUCUACAUCGACCCCCAUCAAGAUGCCUGGUCGAGAUGGACGGGCGGCGACGGCGCACCCCUAUGGACUCUGACGGAUUUGGGCCUGAACCCAGCUAACUUCGAUGUCACCAAGGCAGCUUUGUGCGCAGACUCCACGACAGACUACCCCAAGAUGGUGUGGCCCACGAACAACUUCAAGUUCGCGUGUGCCACCCUGGCGACCCUCUUCUGGGCUGGCAACCUGUGCGUUAUCCUUGCGGCAUCGUAAUUGUUGUCUUGACGAGCAGUGGUGCAUUAGCCUCGCCCCGGGCGUGCUGCUGCAUGGAGAGCCUGUCCAAGACGUACUACAGCGCCAUUACAUUAACUCGAUGGUGCAAUUGGCCCAUGCUGUGGCUGACCUCGAUCACGUCAUGGGCUUUGGUACGUCACUCUGGUGUUCUCGUUGGACUGUAGCGCUCCUCGCAGGAUCGAUGAACGAGCCCGUGACGGGGUACAUUGGUGUCGCCGACAUCGAGCAGCACUUUACCGCGAACGAAUUCAAGCUCGGGUAUGCGCCGACCCCUUUCCAGGGCAUGUGCCUUGCCAAUGGGAUCGAUUGCAAGGUCGAAGUGUGGUCAACAGGCAUCAACCAGUACAUCUUGGGCAGGAGUGAUCGGAAAGAGAGCGUAGCCGUGAAUGGGGUGCGCGCGUGGAAGGACGGCGUGGGCUGUAUCUGGAAAGAGCUCGGGUUGUAUGACGUGGACCCUGUCUCCAAGAAACCCACGGCCCUCCGCCGCGACUAUUUCCAGAACGUGGACUUUGGUCGCGAUUGCUACGUUCCGUUCGCAACGGCAUAUGCUGCAUCGAUACGCCAGGAAAUGCCGCGUGCAAUGCUGUUUGUCGAGAUGCCGCCAAUGGAGUUCAUGGCAGCACCCUUCCCGACGAUAUCGAUUCCGCGGUCGGUGAAUGCGACUCACUGGUACGACGGUAUCACGCUGUUCUUCCGCGUGUGGUUGCCGUGGUUCACAGUAAACAUGCACACGCCAUGGCCUGUCUUUGGCCGCAAAAGAGUUCGCGUGAGCCAUGUGAAUGCCCUGUCGGCCAUCAAGGCCACGACGACAAGAUGUAUGCCAUCAGACACACCAACUCUGAUCGGCGAGUGCGGAAUCCCUUUCAAUCUCAAUGAUGGCGCGGCAUACGAGACGGGAGAUUUUCAGCCGCAAGUCGACGCCAUGGACAACACGAUUAGCUCGCUGGAGACCAACGUGCUGAACUAUACGCUGUGGUGCUACACAUCCGACAACACGAACCAAACUGGAGACAACUGGAACUUGGAGGACUUUAGCUUGUUCAGCCGCGAUCAAGCCGUUGGAAGCACGGAUCGAGAUGCAGGUGGCCGCGCCAAGCAGGGGUAUGUCCGUCCCGCCGCGUGGAGAGUUCAAGGAGUUCCGACCAAGUCAUUUUUUGACUUGGAAAGCAUUUUGUACACCCUCGAGUUUGUCACAAACGGCGCAGCUGUGGACGCGCCAACAGUGAUCUAUGUGCCCCGAACAGUGCAUUUUCAAGAUGGCGUCGGCGUCACGGUGUCGGAUGGGACGUUUUCGAUAGAGCACUUGGACGGCUAUGACUUGGUGCACUACUGCCACGACCCCAACCUGCCGAGCCAUUCGGUCGUGAUUAAGCGUAAUCAUAUCUAGUUCGACGUUUUAUGGGCGCGGCAGUGA